AAUCAGUGAAAAGAGGCACAGGCAGACACAUUCCCCCGCAGUUUACAUCUGAAGCAGCACUGAGGAGGAUGGAUUGUUCAGAGGAGCUUCAGUCUGUGUCCGAGGAGCCCUGCGCUCAGAUGGAGCUAAAGAAGGGAAUGUCCAUCUUCAUUGACAUUCUGCGACGGGCCGAUAAAAACGACGACGGAAAGCUGUCCUUUGAUGAAUUCAAAUCCUACUUCUCUGAUGGAGUCCUGACUGCAGAGGAACUGAAGGAGCUCUUCCACACAAUUGAUACUCAUAACACAGACAACGUGGACACAGAUGAACUCUGCGAGUACUUCUCCCAGCACCUUGGAGAAUAUGAGAAUGUUCUUGCAGCUUUGGAAGAAUUGAAUAUGUCCAUACUAAAAGCAAUGGGCAAAACAAAGAAGGACUAUCAGGAGUCCACCCACCUGGAGCAGUUUGUGACCCGCUUCUUGCUGAAGGAGACGACCAAUCAGCUUCAUUCGCUUCAAAGCUCGCUGGAGUGCGCCAUGGAAACCACAGCCGAGCAGACCCGGCAGGAGAAACAGGGCCCCGUGAAGCCGGAGGUUCUGUCCAUCCAGCUUUCGGGUCGGCGUUCCAAUCGAAGGCUUCAGAGAAACAACAGCCUCUCUCCCAACAACCCUCUCCUCAGUCUUGUCAAUUCAGGUGUUUACGAUGAAGAUUGUCAGUGGACGGUUCAGGUCAACAGGCUGCAGAAGCUGCUCGACCGUCUAGAACAAAAGGAGAUCCGUAUGGAGCCGGUUGAAGAGGAGGUUUUGGAGAGCAAAUCGCACAUCCUAAUAGUCCAGAGGCAGCUGUCCGUGCUGGAGGAGGAGCUGGAGGAGUUUCGAUUGGCACUCAGGCAGUAUGUGGAUUGUGCCUGCGUCCAGACAGGAUGCUUACACAUCGCAGUUCAGCGGCUGGCAAAUGAAUCACGCUUCAUCCUCUACGAAUUCUGGGAGCACAACAACGUGUGGAAGAACCACCUUCAGACCAACUACAGUAAAACCUUCCAGAGGGGGAACGUAGACUUCCUGGAAACUCCUGAGACCCUUACCACCAUGCUUGUUCCUGCUUCUUGGUGGGUCCUCAACAACAACUGAGAGCUCCACAGCACCACUCACCAAUCGUCACCAAUGGGUGUGAGGAGCAAGCAGACACCUGUCAACACAUCGCCAGUCCACAGAAACGCCUCUCACUCCUCAAAGCAGCAUCACUUGUGAAGCCAUGGUGAUUAGUAUUUAUGACUUUCCAUGUUCCUUCAAAGUUCAGUGGUAGCUCCAGUAGCUCACGUCUGUGUCUGUUUACACUUGUACAAGAAGAAGCUCUUUAACCCUAAAAGCUACGAGCUCAUCAGUGACCCAUCCGAUGGUCUGACACGUUCGCCGGCACGUCAGUCCGAGCUGAGCCGAAAUAUUGUUGUGUUUGUUUCUUCUUUUUAAGGACAUUGAACCGAUUACGGUCUGGUUUUAGGAUUAUAUUCAUAGUUAGGUUUGGUUUGAAUUUACAUUUUAUUAUCAUCGUUGUUGUUUGCGUUAAAUGGGCGUCCUCGUUUGGGUAAAACAUUGUGUGAGGGCGAACGAGACGUGGUUAUGAAGCACUUAGAAUGACACUGUAUCAAUUGUAGCAGCUCCAGGGAGCUCAUUAAACUAUACUUCUGUAGUUUCUAUCUUUAAUGUGUUUAACGGAGACGACGUCUCAAAUAAAGAUGAUAUCGUUGUGUA